AUGGCGCAAAUGCGCACAUUGGAACGUGUAUUAGAAGCUCGAAUUAAUUUAUUAAAUAAUGAAAAAAAUGCGGAAGUGAAAGAAGAUUGCGCAUUUUGUCGCAGUUUGGAUUGUGACAUUAUUUUUGCAUUACUAUUAAUUGGUGUCAUUGCAUGUCUUCUGAUCCUUAUUCUAUUCUUCUGGCUCAAAGGUGUACUAUCAUAUGAAGAAAUAUUCCGUAAGGAAGCUUUAGAAUGUGAUCAUAUCUUCGAUUCAUCUAUUCCGGAAGGUGAAUUUCAAUUACCGAUGUUGCCACCUUCAGCUACCAUUUCUGAACAAAUUUCACGACCGGAAGGUCCAAAAAAUUUUCAAUGUAUAUAUACGUUUGUUGCGGCACCAAAACAACGAGUAAAACUUAAUUUCGAACAAUUUCAAUUAGCCGGAACUGCUGGCAACUGUGAAACGGAAUAUGUUGAUAUAUAUUCGGAAUUAGAGGAACCUGAUGAUGAUUUGCUUUCUGCUGCUUUUGGUGGUCGAUAUUGUGGUAGUAUAUCACCGUAUGUCAGGAUUAGUUUAAAUCGUGUCAUAGUAUUAGUAUUUCAUUCAAGAACUGCAUCCAAUCAACGAAAUGGUAUAAAAUUUCGCGGUCGUUAUGCAUUCAUUUCUGAUGAUAAAUUAAUAUUAGAUAUACAUCCAAGUGAUAUGUGUAACAUACAAAACUUUCGUUGUACUUAUUUGCUCAAUGGUAAAACAGGCCAACGUAUUCGUUUACUUUUUCGUGAUUUUGAUAUUUAUUUUGGUGGAGAACACUGUCCAUAUGAUUCGUUAACAGUAUAUGAUGGUCCAACUAAUAAGCAUCCAAUUAUACGAAAAAUAUGUGGCUUACAACAAAGUAUGGUAAUUUAUUCAUUUGGGCCAAAUACAUUUAUUGAAUUUAAUACGACAAAUCCAGCUAAAGCUGAUCCACGCGGAUAUUCAUUAGAUUAUGAAUUUUCAAAUCGUUAUGUAAAUGUAUUGAAAUUAAUGGAUAAUCAACUUGGAAUAACACAUUUACGUGGUUCCGAAUGUGAUUUACUUAUUCGAAGUAAUCGUGAAACAACCCAUUAUAUACAUUCCCCUGAAUAUCCAUUAAUGUAUCCAGCUAAUACUACAUGCACAUUUAUUAUUGAUGGUUUACAAGGUGAGCAAAAUUUAGAAGAAGUAAUACUUACCUUUGAAAAAUUUGCUGUUCUCACCGAAACAAUUGACAGUACUAAUUUAAUUCACUCCAAGCAUUCCUCAGUUGAUUAUGAUAAUGGUGAUAAUGAUAACAAUAAUGACAAUAAUGAUAAUGAUGAUAAUGAACCAUGUUCAACAUCAUAUGUGGGUAUUGCUUUUGUUCCGGCAAGUAUUAAAAGUGUUUUAUCAUUCGGUGAAGAAAGUAAUUAUGAUGUUACAUUAUGUGAUCGUUUGCAAGAUGGUUCACAUGCAUUAGGUCCAUAUAUUAGUGAUGGACCAAGAAUGGUAUUAGUAUUUAAUUCGAAUGAAAAAAUUUCAUCAAAUGGCGAUGGAAAGAAGCCAUUAGGAUUUAAAGCUAAAAUUCAAUUCAAAACAGAUUUUGGUGUACCGGGUAAACCGAUUGGUGAUUCAAAUCAAUGUAUGUUUCAAUUUACAAAACCACGUGGAUGGUUUAAUAGUCCACGUUAUCCGGCAAAUUAUCCAUUGGACACAAAUUGUACAUAUAUUAUUAAAGCAAAACCAGAUGAGCAAAUUCAAGUUUAUUUUGAACAAUUUGCUCUUUAUGUUGAUGAACAUUCAUCAUCAACUGAAACAAGUUGUGCUGAUUUUCUAGAAAUAUUCGAUGUUUUUGUUAAAGAUGGAAUUGAAAUUUUACAACUUCAAGCUCGUUAUUGUGCAAAUACAUUUCCGGGACCAACAGUAACAGCAUUUGGUUCACAUGAACUUCGAGUUUUUUUUCGUUCUGAUCAUGAAGGUACCGGAAAUGGUUUCAAAGCAAUUUAUCAAAUUCGUAAAGCAUUUGCUGAAGAAAUCCCAACAAAACCAGUUGCACGACAUUGUGGUCAACGGAUAAUACGAACAGAUGAUUUAAUCAGUGGUUGGUUUGUAUCACCUGGUUAUCCGAUAAAAUACAAUAAAGAUUUAAUUUGUGAUUGGGAAAUUACUGUACGACCAAAUCAUCAAGUAUUACUAAAUCUUGUUAAAAUGGAAAUAGAAGGUUCAAUGAGUACAGAAUCGGUAAAUUGUCAAAAUGCAGUAAUACGUGUUAAUACUGAAAAUGAUAUUGGUACUACACCAACAAUACAGGAAAUUUGUGGUACAGAUAAAACUAUCAUACAACCGAUCAUUUCCAAAAGUAAUACUGUCCGAAUCUAG